AUCGAUUAUCGGGCUAUGAAAUACCGAUAUUCGAAGUAUCCGAUAUCAUAUCGAACAUUCCUAGUCACGAUUAUUACAAAGAAAUCGGACAUAAAAUAACGCAAGCUAAUUUUUUUCUCGUAAAAAAUAUACCAUAGGAGUAAACUUUAAAGAGAGAAAAAGACGAGAUACUAUAAAACAAAAAAUAUAUAUAUUUCGACCGGGUUUAAAUUUUAUAGGGUUGUAUUAACUAUAGCAAAGCUGCAAUUAAUUUUAAGACACAAUUCAAUGGUUGCUAGGGUCUUUUGCUACCUCUUCCAAACGCCUCAAUAGCCAAACUUAAAAAAAAAAACAGUAAAAACAACUUAACGAUAAUAAAUACUCAGAAAAAUACUCUAACAAAAGUAUACACUCAAUCAAAUUAAAUUAAGACAGCAAACGUUUAUUUUGUAUCUUAACAAAAAUGGUUCACCUCGCCAGCCGCCAUCAGCAUCCGCAUCCGCGCGAUGCUCAAUUACGUGAUCGUGCGCGCGAACAUCCGCGCGAACCGCGCUAUGACGAAGAAUUCGGCGAAGAGAACGUCGAAGUGGUCGACUCAGAGUGGGCCGAUUUUGAAAAGUUUCUGCGACAAUUUCGUCAACGACGCAACAGCGCCACCUCAAUGGAAGAGGAAUUGCGGCGGGUGCAAAAGCAACCGAAAAUCAAAUCGCAAGCUUUCUAUCCAUGCCCACCGCCAGCGGAUCAUGGCCGAGAUUCCGAUUCGUCGUCGGACGAUGAUGAUCCUUUCGGAUAUAUUGAUACUCUUAUGUAUGGUCGCUAUACCAAAGAUUUAGGAGAAUUUGCUAAAGAUGAAGCCAGAAAACUCAAAUUACUCGAGAAACGCCGAAAACAAGAAGACAAACAACGAAACAAGGAAUUGCUGGGCAAACGUUCGUCACGUGUGUUAAAAGUCUCAUCAUGGAUAUGGAAGCGUACAUUUGCGCGCCUCGGCGAGGAUUGGGUAUUCUUAGCACUGCUAGGUGUUAUAAUGGCAUUUGUAUCGUAUGUGGUGGACAAAGGCAUCAAUGUUUGUACAAAUGCACGUGUUUGGUUGUACCGCGAUCUCACAUCGCAGCCGGUUACGCAGUAUUUAGCCUGGGUCUCAUUGCCGGUCUGUUUGAUACUCUUUUCAGCUGGCUUUGUGCAUCUAAUAGCGCCGCAAAGUAUAGGUUCGGGUAUACCUGAAAUGAAAACUAUACUACGUGGCGUUGCGCUGAAAGAGUAUCUUACAUUUAAGACAUUGGUAGCCAAGGUUGUUGGUUUAACGGCAACUUUGGGCAGUGGUAUGCCAUUAGGAAAGGAAGGUCCUUUCUGUCACAUAGCAAGUAUUGUAGCACAAUUAUUAAGUAAACUCGUCACAUCAUUCCAAGGCAUCUAUGAGAAUGAGUCUCGCAAUUCGGAAAUGUUGGCUGCUGCGUGUGCAGUUGGUGUGGGUUCGUGUUUUGCGGCGCCCGUUGGUGGUGUACUCUUCAGUAUUGAGGUAACCACCACAUAUUUUGCUGUGCGUAAUUAUUGGCGUGGCUUCUUUGCGGCUGUUUGUGGCGCGACGGUGUUUCGCCUAUUAGCGGUGUGGUUUCACAAUGCGGACACGGUGCGCGCGAUAUUCCUUACAAACUUCACCACCGAAUUCCCGUUCGAUCCGCAGGAAUUAUUCGUGUUUGCGUUGAUGGGCGUUGUCUCCGGCAUUGGUGGAGCUGCCUACGUUUGGGUGCAUCGCCGUUAUGUACUCUUCAUGCGUUCCAACAAGAAGAUGAACAAAUUCUUGCAGAAAAAUCGGUUUCUCUAUCCGGGCUUUCUGGCGCUGCUCGUUUCUACUCUCUCAUUUCCGCUAGGCACCGGCCAGUUCAUCGCUGGCGAACUGAGCACACACGAACAAGUUACACAGUUGUUUAGUAAUUUCACAUGGUCACGCGACGAUCUCACUGUGGAGCAGGCGGCCAUUGUUACACAUUGGGUUACUAGUUACACCAAUAUAUUCAUCAAUCUUUCCAUCUAUAUUGUGUUCACCUUUUUCAUUUCCAUCAUCGCCUCCACCAUACCAGUGCCUUCGGGUAUAUUUAUACCCGUUUUCAAAAUUGGUGCCAGUUUGGGACGUCUCAUUGGCGAAAGUAUGCAUUUGUGGUUUCCGCACGGCGUGCGCUACGGCGGUCGUCUAUCGCCCAUCAUACCCGGCGGUUAUGCCGUUGUAGGUGCGGCAGCAUUUUCCGGCGCCGUGACGCAUACCGUUUCGGUAGCGGUAAUCAUUUUCGAGAUGACCGGCCAGAUAACACACGUUGUACCGGUGAUGAUCGCAGUGUUAAUAGCGAACGCCAUUGCAGCCCUUCUACAACCGUCCAUGUACGACAGUAUUAUAUUGAUUAAGAAACUGCCGUAUCUGCCCGAUCUGCUGCCAUCCAGUUCAGCGAUGUACAGCAUCUAUGUGGAGGAUUUUAUGGUACGAGAUGUGAAAUACAUCUGGCAUGGCAUUUCGUAUCAAAAACUCAAGGAGGUGCUGAAGGCGAACAAAACGCUCCGAUCUCUACCGCUGGUCGAUAGUCACGAGAAUAUGAUACUGCUCGGUUCCGUACAACGUUAUGAAUUGAUUAAAAUGAUAGAAAAACAUAUUGGACGUGAGAAACGCAUGGAGGUGGCACAAAAAUGGCAAAAGGAAGCGGAAGAACGCGCCCGCGAAGAAGAGAAGAAGAAACAAGAGGCUGAAUUGAAAAUACGUCGUCCUUCUCGCUUCGAAGUAUUGCCCGCUCCCGACAUACUUAGUUUGCGGCAAAUUGCCAACGAUGAAAUGUUGCCGCCCAAACAACGCCAAGAAUCGCUCAAUAAUAAUUUGGCACCACGAAAAUCCAUUUUGAAAAAGACAAACUCCUUUAAUUUAAAAACAUUCGCACCUACCUCACCGCACAGCCCUAACAUUACCCCAUACACCACCAUUACGGGCACAGAGCAUCGCAUUCGUUCCGCCUUUGAGGCGAUCUUCCGUAAAUCGAAUACUCUGCAGGAUGUACACCCGGAUCCGGAUGCUGGCAGCAUAUCGCCGGCUGUGAGCGCCAAUGAAGUGCCGCAUGUACAGCGCGCGCCCAGCAUCUCGAAGAAAGUUCAAUUGCAAGCACAAAAUACUGUGGAGUCUACAGGACAAGAUCGAAAGCCAACGCCUCCGAGCUCACCGGAUAGCAUAAAAAACAAUAAAUUUUCCCAACUCGCACCUAAUUCACCGGUUUUAAAAAAGAAAAACAAGAAACCGAAUCAUGUUCGUCCACGAAGCUUAAGUUCAUCACCCGUCCAUGCCAAAGUGAGAACAAAAUUAGCCAAUACAAGAUGGGAUCAAUCUAUGCUGCCAGCACCACCAAAAAAAGGUAUACUACGAAAGUCACAUUCAACCACGGAUUGUUCGAAUGCCAAAGCAAAUGCUGCUAUUAGAUGGAAUACUUUCAUGGAAAAUACCCAGGCUGCAUUGAAUUCGAGUGAACCAAAAACAAUGAGCAUGAAAAAGACGAAGUCGGUCACACUGCCACGCGAACGUGUCAUCGAUAUGUCGCCGGAAGAUCAAAAGAAAUGGGAAAUGGAAGAAAUGUCGAGAUCAAUCGAUCUAGAACAGGCCAAUGUAAAUAUCGAUCCAUCGCCAUUUCAGUUGGUCGAACGCACCUCAAUACUCAAAGUGCAUUCGCUGUUCUCAAUGGUGGGCAUAAAUCACGCUUAUGUGACGAAAAUCGGACGUCUUGUGGGUGUUGUGGGACUGAAAGAGCUGCGCAAAGCUAUUGAAGACAUCAAUAGCAAUAAUUUCGUAGUACAAAGUCAGGCAAAAGAUGACGUAGAAGCCGAUCACCGAUCAGCGGCCGAGAAGCCAUUGCUAACGCCACCUUUGCCGCCCUCACCGCAUGUCACGAGUGACAGAGAGGUGAAUACGACAGUGACCUCUAUGGAUUCGGCGCUGUCACAUUCGGAUAAUUGCUCCGAUAUUGAAAUGGAACACAUGAAGGGGGAGAGUAGUGGUGAGGAACAACAACAACAACAACGACAACAGCAGCUGCAGCAACAACCACAACAUAACCAACAAAUCUACAAUACAACAGGGACAAAUACGCCAACAACAAAUGGCACACCAACAAAAUCAACAAAUGAGCCAUAGCAAAUACAUACAUAUUGAACAGGCAUACAUACAUACAUACCUAGAUACAGACAUAAAUGAAUAGUCCACCUAUGUAUGUCUAAAGUGAUUUUGUUAAAGAAAAGUUAACUGAGCUAAAUUGUAUUAAAUUUAGUAGGUUAGUAUUGUAUUAAAUAAUUUUAUUGUAGGUAGAAAGAAAAACUAAGCGAGUGAUUUUUUUUUAAUUUUAGCAAUUAAUGUAUGUAUGUAAUUGUAUUAGGAAUUUGUAGCUUUUCGUAACAUAUAUUUUAUUUCGUUAAUACUUUAUUGUUG